AUGGGUGCACGUUCAGUAACCAAUAUCAAGUACCUAGACGCCGCCGACCUACACGAAUGGAUCAAGAAGGGCCAUACAUCGCUGGGACAAGCAUUCCAAGUGAUCGAUGUUCGAGGUUCAGAUUACAUCGGCGGGCACAUCCUGGGCUGUUGGAAUUAUCCGUACAAAAAACUCUCUGGAGAUGAUGCCACCAUGGAGGAAUUACGAGACCGGAUCCUUUCCAUCUCGAGGAACCAUGAGGAUGUGAUCGUCAACGUGGUAUUCCAUUGUGCUCAGUCUCAACAGAGAGGACCUUCUGCGGCCAUGAAGUUCCUACGGGCAUUGCAAGAUAAGGACCUACAGACAGUGAAGGUGUGGAUACUGAGAGGUGGGUUCAACCAUUGGCAAGAUGUAUACGGGGAGGAUGAUGAGGUGACAGAGGGUUACGAACCUGCUCUCUGGGGUUGGUAG